AUGGACUCUGAUACAGGACUCGGCCUGGACGGCAUGGACGACUCGAUGUCGUCGACUCUCUCCGAUCAGCUGGAGUCUCAUCCUCAGCCCUCAAAUCGCGACUCUCUUUCCAGUUUCACCAGCACUCCCACUCGAUCCCUCAGUAUCACCAAGAAGAAUGUCACCUCCCUCCCUGCCAAUCUACUCCCCUCAGCGCCCGCUUCUCCUCCGACACCCGCUCCAAGUCCGACGCCUCAUCAACGGCCCCCGAACUGGCUCUCAUCCGAUGAAGAAGAAAAUACAUUCCUGCUCAACCUUCGCAUCCACUUCAGUACUCUAUCCAACGGCCGCAAACAAAAACUCCUCGAAGGACUCUUGGAUGUAUGCGACAGUCAACAACUCAGCUUUGUCUCCAGUUACGUGGGUCCCCGGUUACGCAAGGACCCUUUUCUCGUCUUUCCGAAUGAACUGUGCUUGCGGGUGCUCUCCUUUAUCGAUGACCCGAAAACACUCGCCCGAGCGUCGCAAGUGUCUAGGCGCUGGCGGGAACUGCUCAACGACGAUAUUACGUGGAAGAACCUAUGUGAAAAGCACGCCUACUCCGUACGACGAAUUUCCGACGAAGACGAGAUGGAACCAUCUACACCCCGCUCCGUGGAUUUGAACUUGAAGCCCGACUCUCACGCGCUGAAUCGACGCCUGACCGCCUCAAAUGAGCCGUCGAUGGAAAGCGCCCCGGGGCUUCCCCGCACUCUGUCCGGAGAGUGGCUUCCUCCACCAACCAGUUUCUCAACUCGCAGACGUAGAACUCGUCCGGUCUCUUACCGAUCUCAGUUCAAACAAAAAUACAUGGUCGAGUCCGCGUGGAACAAGGGUGGUCGCUGCACCCAGCGCCAUAUCACCCCGGACCAGGGUGUGGUGACAAGUCUCCAUCUCACCCCCAAGUACAUCGUCGUCGCUCUCGACAACGCCAAGAUCCAUGUCUACGAUACUAAUGGCGAUAACCAAAAGACCCUUCAAGGGCACGUGAUGGGUGUCUGGGCCAUGGUUCCCUGGGACGACAUCUUGGUAAGCGGCGGAUGCGAUCGCGAAGUCCGCGUAUGGAAUAUGGCAACCGGGGCGGGAAUCCACUUACUUCGGGGUCACACAUCGACGGUCAGAUGCUUAAAAAUGUCUGAUCGCAAUACCGCCAUUUCAGGGUCCCGAGACACGACCCUGCGCAUCUGGGAUCUGGCCACCGGGACCUGUCGCAAUGUCCUUGUUGGGCACCAGGCCAGUGUUCGAUGUCUCGCAAUCCAUGGCGACCUGGUUGUCUCGGGUAGCUACGACACCACGGCCCGGAUAUGGAGCAUAUCUCAGGGCCGGUGUCUUCGAACCCUGUCGGGUCAUUUUAGCCAGAUCUACGCGAUCGCUUUUGAUGGCCGACGUAUCGCGACCGGGAGCUUAGAUACGAGCGUUCGGAUCUGGGAUCCUAAUUCAGGCCAGUGUCACGCUAUCCUCCAAGGUCAUACUUCCCUGGUAGGACAGCUGCAGAUGCGUGGGGAUACACUGGUAACUGGCGGCUCGGACGGCUCGGUACGCGUGUGGUCCCUGACUAAGAACGCCCCCAUUCACCGGCUCGCGGCCCAUGACAACAGUGUCACCAGUCUUCAGUUUGACAAUACUCGGAUCGUUAGCGGUGGCAGUGAUGGCCGGGUCAAGGUUUGGAACUUGCAGUCCGGUCAACUACUCCGCGAACUCUCGACCCCUGCAGAAGCCGUUUGGAGGGUUGCUUUUGAGGACGAAAAGGCCGUGAUUAUGGCGAGUCGAUCAGGUCGCACUGUUAUGGAGGUUUGGUCAUUUGCGCCUCCGCCGGAUGACUUUGAUGACUGGGUAGCGAUCGAAAGCGCUUCCAGCACACCAGGCAUUGGCUCUACCGAUGACACCCACUUGAGCAUCAACAUCAACCCACGUCGUCGGACCCUCUUCUCAGAUCCCCCGCCAACCAUCUCCAGCAGUGACGCCGAUCAACCAAUGACCGAUGCACCCUCCUGA